GGGGAAAAGGGGACCUACACAUCCGGGUUGGGUUGUUUGUCAGGUGUAGCAGACACCCAGAUGCGCAUGCGCUCUCAACAAGAUGGCGGACAAAAGGGACUGAACCUCAGCACCGGUUAAGGUCAUAAACACACAGAAGCGUCAAGAAACAUUUCUAAUGUGAGUCGCGUUCUAACCUGCUGGAAUAUUUGCGUGCACAAAAUGGCGGACAAGAUACGAGGAGUGUUUUGUGUAACUGUGAUCGUAUCUGUGCUUGGACUAGGAAAUGGAAAAGGGGCGACAUUUAAAAAUUUCACUGCCUUGAAACAAGAGUGGGUCGAAUGUGGAUACCCCCCAGCAGAAACAUAUAAUAAAUCGCUGUCUGCUUAUACUAAUAGUUUCAGUAAAUGCUUUGAUGAUAAAGCAGGCGGUGGAGUGGAGAAAAUCUGUGAUCUAUAUCAACAGGAGGUUGACAGGUUGUGUCACACGUCGGAGCCCACUGAUUUGAAGCAAACAGCCUCAGAAACCAAGGAAAUGUUGAAUGCAAAUUUACACAUAUGUGGUUUAGCGGAGAGGGUGAAGUUGAGUCCCAGGAUAGAGGAGCACCUGCAAGGUUCAAGAUGUGCACCUGCCUGCUCCAGUCUUGGAGCCCCAGACGUGUGCCGAUUGUUGAUACUUCUAUGUAUCACAGGGCCUGAUUCCUUUUUUGAGGAUAUACCGACCUAUGAUCCAACGACUGCGCCACCCUCAACAGUUCAAACAACGACUUCAACAGCAGCCGCGACAACGACCACAGCAGCUCCAACAGUAACCAAGAAAUCGAUACCAAAUAAGCCGACAGCGGACCCAACAGCAACUACGACAGCGCCCCCAACAACAGCCAGGACAGCGGCCCCAACAACAAACGCGACAGCGGCCCCAACAGCAACUACGACAGCGGCCCAGGUCGUACUCCAAACAACAAAAGGAUCUGAUACAGAAGAUUUAACAACAACUGGUGCAGGAUCUGAAAGAGAAGUUGAAACAACAACUGGUGCAGGAUCUGAUACAGAAGUUGAAACAACAGCUGGUGCAGGAUCUGAUACAGAAGAUUUAACAACAGCUGGUGCAAGAUCUAAAAGAGAAGUUGAAGCAACAACUGGUUCAAGAUUUGGUACAGAAGAUUUAACAACAACUAGUACAGGAUCUUAUACAGAAGUUGAAACAACAGCUGGUGCAGGAUCUUAUACAGAAGAUUUAACAACAACUAGUACAGGAUCUGAUACAGAAGAUUUAACAACAACUAGUACAGGAUCUGAUACAGAAGAUUUAACAACAACUAGUACAGGAUCUGAUACAGAAGAUUUAACAACAACUAGUACAGGAUCUGAUACAGAAGAUUUAACAACAACUAGUACAGGAUCUGGUACAGAAGAUUUAACAACAACUAGUACAGGAUCUGAUACAGAAGAUUUAACAACAACUAGUACAGGGUCUGAUACAGUAGAUUUAACAACAACUAGUACAGGGUCUGAUACAGAAGAUUUAACAACAACUAGUACAGGGUCUGAUACAGAAGAUUUAACAACAACUAGUACAGGGUCUGAUACAGAAGAUUUAACAACAACUAGUACAGGAUCUGGUACAGAAGAUUUAACAACAACUAGUACAGGAUCUGAUACAGAAGUUGAAACAACAACUAGUACAGGAUCUGAUACAGAAGUUGAAACAACAACUAGUACAGGGUCUGAUACAGAAGAUUUAACAACAACUAGUACAGGGUCUGAUACAGAAGAUUUAACAACAACUAGUACAGGAUCUGGUACAGAAGAUUUAACAACAACUAGUACAGGAUCUGAUACAGAAGUUGAAACAACAACUAGUACAGGAUCUGAUACAGAAGAUUUAACAACAACUAGUACAGGGUCUGAUACAGAAGUUGAAACAACAACUAGUACAGGAUCUGAUACAGAAGAUUUAACAACAACUGGUGCAGGAUCUGAUACAGAAGAUUUAACAACAACUAGUACAGGAUCUGGUUCAGAAGUUGAAACAACAACUGGUACAGGAUCUGAUACAGAAGAUUUAACAACAGCUGGUGCAGGAUCUGGUUCAGAAGUUGAAACAACAACUAGUACAGGAUCUGAUCAUGGACAAAUAAAGGAAGAACCUGAUGUCACUUCAUCCGGCCACUUCAUGGCUUUCUUCAUACCGGCGUGCGUGCUGGCUAUUGCUGCGUAUGUGGUGUACAGCAAUAGAAAAAAGAUAAUUGCUGUCAUCGUCGGGGGUCGCAGCAGUCGACGGAGGAGAAACAAUGACAGGGGCAAGUACAAGAUACUCCAGAACGAUGUAGAAGAGGUGUUGUCGUCUACGUCGGCUACAAAUUUCAUUUACUGAAAUCUCAUUUUAUCAUUGGCACUAAUGGAUACAAAGAAACAAGUCUGAAUUUGAUAGUCAAAUGUCUAAUUCCUAUUGGAAAAUAUGUUUGAAUGUUUUUGUGUCCGAAAUUGGUUGAAAUGUUUAAGUGCCUGGGUAGAAUGGAGAGAAUGACAUAACGAACGAACCUUUCAAUCUGUGUGACAAAUUUGAAAUAGGAGUUGCACCGCUCAACAAACAAACGCCUGUUUGUCAAAUAUGUUUUGCAACAUUUUAGAAAUGUUUCACCCCUCAUUGUUUUUUACAGUAGAUAUCUAUCUAUACGUCAGAUAUUAAUAAAGAUGUAUUACAAUGGUAAA